ACCGAUCAUCGACCCCUUCUCUAACAUCUUAUUUUUUUUCUUCUUCCUUUGCCUUUUACGCACGGCACGGGGAUGGCAUGGCCGUGCAUCAGCAGAGUGUGCUGUUUGGCUCGCUUCUGGAACCAGUUCGAUAAGUCGGACUUGUCAGUCCCACUGACCAUACAAAACUACUCGGACAUUACAGAGCACGAAGUGCGGUCUGUCACUAAACAGGUAUCCGCGUCAGAGCGCGCACCUGCUAACGACUACUCCAGCCCUCCGCGCGCCACUAACUCCGGUUCUGCGCGCUCGGACGCCCGGGGACCGCGCGGCUCUUUCAGGACGGUGAGGGAGCCUAGUUACAAACCUCGUGAGGACUACCAGCCUCCCGGCGUGCCUUUCCCUUCCGUAACUCAGUACAAGCAGGAUUAUAAACCGUGGCCCAUCCCCAGGAAGGACAACUUUCCCUGGAUCAGGACGGGUUCUGACAGCCCUCACCGAGGGAGCAGAGGGGACAAAGUCCCGGGGCAGCAGCAGGGCACCGAACCGAGUCCAACCAGUUCAUACAGGUGGGUAUUUUUCUUUCCCUCCAGACAAGAGUUUAGGCCCUGGACAGGAGUGAAGCCGGCUAAAAGCAGCAGGAAAAAUCAGCCUAUUCAGUGUGCUACACCUGGGACAGAGGCAUCCCACGUGGCUCCUGAGACCAGCUACCAGGCGGCCUACAGCGGGGACACCCACAGACUGUUCCAGUGCAUCCUGCCCCGAGUCACAGCCCCUCCAGCACCCAUCAAACUAUACUGUCAGAGGGAGAGAAUUAUCUUUGCUGACAUUUGUACAAUGAGGCAUGACAAUCUCAUCAUCAGAGCUGUUCUGCAUCUCAUAGACUGUGAUGACCAUCUGGUGAAGACCAAACCCCCCCCCAACCCUACUGCGAUCUUUCAGAGCGGAUCCAGGGUCUUCAACAUCUGA